GUCGCUCCGCGCGGCGUUCGCUCCGCCCACCCUCCUCCGGCUCCGCGGAUCCCGCGCUCCCCGCGAGGCUCGGAGCGGAGUCUGCGGACGGGCGCACCGACCGACGGCCCCGGGGACGCCUCCGCCCGCGCCGCCUGGGCGGGCUAUGUUGAUUGUCCUACCGGGGUUGGCUGGCGGGAUCCGCACAGCUCGGCCCGCGGUCCCGGCGGCCGGCGGGGACUAUGAACCGGAAAGCACGGCGCUGCCUGGGCCACCUCUUUCUCAGCCUGGGCAUGGUCUACCUCCGGAUCGGUGGCUUCUCCUCGGUGGUAGCUCUGGGCGCCAGCAUCAUCUGUAACAAGAUCCCAGGCCUGGCUCCCAGACAGCGGGCAAUCUGCCAGAGUAGGCCGGACGCCAUCAUCGUCAUAGGAGAAGGCUCACAAAUGGGCCUCGACGAGUGUCAGUUUCAGUUCCGCAAUGGCCGCUGGAACUGCUCAGCGCUGGGGGAGCGCACCGUCUUCGGGAAGGAGCUCAAAGUGGGGAGCCGGGAGGCUGCCUUCACAUACGCCAUCAUAGCUGCCGGUGUGGCGCACGCCAUCACAGCUGCCUGCACGCAGGGCAACCUGAGUGACUGUGGCUGUGACAAGGAGAAGCAAGGCCAGUACCACCGGGACGAGGGCUGGAAGUGGGGUGGCUGCUCUGCCGACAUCCGCUACGGCAUCGGCUUCGCCAAGGUCUUUGUGGAUGCCCGGGAGAUCAAGCAGAAUGCCAGGACUCUCAUGAACUUACACAAUAACGAGGCAGGCCGCAAGAUCCUGGAGGAGAACAUGAAGCUGGAGUGUAAGUGCCACGGUGUGUCAGGCUCCUGCACCACCAAGACGUGCUGGACCACACUGCCACAGUUCCGCGAGCUGGGCUACGUGCUCAAGGACAAGUACAAUGAGGCUGUACAUGUGGAGCCUGUGCGUGCCAGCCGCAACAAGCGGCCCACCUUCCUGAAGAUCAAGAAGCCACUGUCAUACCGCAAGCCCAUGGACACGGACCUGGUGUACAUCGAGAAGUCACCCAACUACUGCGAGGAGGACCCCGUGACAGGCAGCAUGGGCACACAGGGCCGCGCCUGCAACAAGACAGCCCCCCAGGCCAGCGGCUGUGACCUCAUGUGCUGCGGCCGUGGCUACAACACCCACCAGUAUGCCCGCGUGUGGCAGUGUAACUGCAAAUUCCACUGGUGCUGCUAUGUCAAGUGCAACACCUGCAGUGAGCGCACCGAGGUGUACACGUGCAAGUGA